CCGCCGAUCCCCUUGCACCAAACCACGCCGAGCCACUUGUUCUUCCCCGCUCCCUUGCUAUUUUUCUUUGUCCCCAUUUUCGCUGUCGGAUUCCCUCCCUAUUCUUGUCCGAUCCCGCCCUCCUCUCUCUACUUUUCUGGUUAGCUCGUGACGUGUCCCCGUUGGUGCUGGUUGGUCGCCCACGACGCCAUCAAAGAACGCCACUGUCCCUCUCGCAAAGAUCGAAAUCUUGGCAGCGUUGCGUUUGGGCAGAGGUUGAAUCUUUGAGGGUGGCUUGGGCUGUGACCAACGGGGCAAGACGGCGGCUAUAACGGCGGCAGCGGUGGCGACGGCGGCGCCGUCGUCGGGGGGGGGGGGAGGGGGCGGUGGAGGCGGGUGCCUGGAUUGCCUGCAGGAUGUGGUGAGGGCGCUGGCGAUUGGGUCGUGCCUGCCGGCAGACCAGCGGCCGAUCGAGGUGGCGGCCCUACCCGGGAAGGUGGGAGGAGGCAGGAGGAGGGGGGAGGAGGCCCCCAGGAGGAUUGCUUGGACUGGGUCUGGCAAUGUGGCCUGCCUCUUCACGCGGCAGGGGAAGAAGGGCACCAACCAAGACGCCAUGGUCGCGUGGGAGAACUUCAAUGGGAGAUCAGACACAGUAUUUUGUGGAGUUUUUGAUGGUCAUGGUCCACAUGGCCAUCUCGUCGCGCGGAAAGUAAGAGAUACUCUCCCUUUGAAGCUGUGUGAUUUGAUAUAUGAUGACUAUGGGGAGAGCCCAACCAGCAAUUCAGAUGGAUCAGUUUUAGAAGAGAGUUUAUCUCCAUACCCAGAUGCAGAGGACAAGUCUCCCACAUUCACCGCACAGAAAGAAGAACAUCUAGAAUUCUUUGACUCAAUGAAAGAGUCUUUCCGAAAAGCUUUUAGAGUUAUGGAUAAGGAGCUUAAAUUACAUCGGAACAUAGAUAGCAUUUGCAGUGGAACUACCGCAGUUACUUUAAUUAAACAGGGUCAGGAUCUUAUUGUCGGGAAUCUAGGUGACUCUAGAGCUGUAUUAGGCACUAGAGAUCAGAACGGUCAUUUGGUUGCCCAUCAGUUGACAGUUGACCUGAAACCUGAUCAUCCAAGAGAGGCUAGGAGGAUCAAGCGAUGUAAUGGACGGGUCUUUGCUCACCAGGAUGAACCAGAUGUGGCUCGCCUUUGGCUUCCUAACUGCAACUCUCCAGGCCUAGCAAUGGCACGAGCUUUUGGUGAUUUUUGUCUAAAGGAUUUUGGGCUGAUCUCUGUACCUGAGGUCACCUAUAGGCGAAUCAUGGAGAAGGAUCAGUUCAUUGUCCUUGCCACUGAUGGGGUGUGGGAUGUUCUGUCCAACCAGGAAGUGGUGGAAGUUGUUGCCUCAUGCUCUGGCCGUUCUGGCGCAGCCCGUGCUGUUGUUGAUCUAGCAAAUCAGACCUGGAAAUUCAAGUACCCAACCUCCAAAACGGAUGACUGUGCAGUGAUCUGCCUUUUCCUGAGCAAAGAAGCGGAUGCGGGUGGGCUAUCAGGGCUGUCUGUUGCUAGCAAGGGAAUUGGAUCUAGUCCAGGGAUGCCACCGCGAUUAAGGACCCCCCAGCACUUCAGUAAAAGGGUAAUUCCAGAGGAUGCCGAUGAUGAAUGUGACCCAAAUAUAAGUGGAGAUGAGAGGUCAUUGGAGGGCUUCACCCGGUUGAACACGCUUUUGACACUACCAAAGUUUGGUGAUACAAGUCCAACCAAGAAAUGAAGUUUUACUGAUAUUGAUGUGGGAGUCUGCAGUUAGCAGGCACAUUCGCUGAUGUUUUGGAGAUGAGAGCCUUAUUGGCUAUAUUAGCAUGCCCGGUGAGCUCCUGUCCGAAUGUCGGUUUACUCUUAAGGAUGAGUAGGGUUACUGUUUUAUGUAAAUCCUAACUCUCAUUGUGCAACAUGCGUUGGGAGGCAAGUUUCAGUUUGUUUCGAGUCGGCUUUGCCUUUCUUGCAUGUUCAAGCUGAGUUUAUAUAUAUGUUAAUACGAUGUACGUGCUCGGUUUUCUACGUGAACAGGCCCUGCUCAUUAUAUUUGUAUCUUUAUCCCAAA